AUGCCGAAUCGUUGUCUAGAUUCCAGCGAAGGAAGAAGUUGCUCUCGAACUGAAGUUCUAUUACAAGUCUUUUUAGUCGAUUUUGUGCCUCAAAAUAACCUCUAA